UUAGUCUACACUUGCUCGUCAGAUCUUUAUAAUGGAGUUUAAGAUUAUUUUGCUAACUAUUCUGAUAGAGACGACUAUUGGUCUACCAUUUUUUCAUGAUGGUGGAGGUGGGCUAGCAAUUGUCGCAGGUCUAAGGGGUAGUAAAGGUGUUGGAUGUGGCAAAGGUAUCGGAGGUAACAAAGGUGUGGGAUGGAACAAAGGUUUCGGAGAUAACAAAGGACUAGGAGAUAAUAAUGGUCUCGGAGGUAAUAAGAAACUUGGAUAUAAAGGUCUCGGAGGUGCCGGAGUUGGCGUCGCAUUACAUAUAGGUGCAAAAGCGGCCGGCGAUUGUGGAUACGGCAGCCAGUGGCCCGCGAACAGUAACGGUGCACCAAAUGUACACCCGUUGAUCGUACCAGUACCCAACGCUAACCAGCCCAAAGGAGACCCAUCCACCACACCAGGAGCUAACCCUACUCAACCUAAUGGAGAUCCAUCGACCGCACCAGUAGCAAACCCUAUUCAACCUAAUGGAGAUCCAUCGACCGCACCAGGAGCAAACCCUAUUCAACCGAUUGGAGAUCCAUCGACUGCACCAGGAGCAAACCCUAUUCUACCGAUUGGAGAUCCAUCGACCGCACCAGGAGCAAACCCUAUUCUACCGAUUGGAGAUCCAUCGACCGCACCAGGAGCAAACCCUAUUCUACCGAUUGGAGAUCCAUCGACCGCACCAGUAGCAAACCCUAUUCAACCGAUUGGAGAUCCAUCGACCGCACCAGAAGCAAACCCUAUUCAACCGAUUGGAAAUCCAUCGACCGCACCAGUAGCAAAACCUAUUCAACCGAUUGAAGAUCCAUCGACCGCACCAGUAGCAAACCCUAUUCAACCGAUUGGAGAUCCAUCGACCGCACCAGGAGCAAACCCUAUUCAACCGAUUGGAGAUCCAUCGACCGCACCAGAAGCAAACCCUAUUCAACCGAUUGAAGAUCCAUCGACCGCACCAGUAGCAAACCCUAUUCAACCGAUUGGAGAUCCAUCGACCGCACCAGAAGCAAACCCUAUUCAACCGAUUGAAGAUCCAUCGACCGCACCAGGAGCAAACCCUAUUCAACCGAUUGGAGAUCCAUCGACCGCACCAGAAGCAAACCCUAUUCAACCGAUUGAAGAUCCAUCGACCGCACCAGGAGCAAACCCUAUUCAACCGAUUGGAGAUCCAUCGACCGCACCAGUAGCAAACCCUAUUCAACCGAUUGGAGAUCCAUCGACCGCACCAGUAGCAAACCCUAUUCAACCGAUUGGAGAUCCAUCGACCGCACCAGAAGCAAACCCUAUUCAACCGAUUGAAGAUCCAUCGACCGCACCAGAAGCAAACCCUAUUCAACCGAUUGGAGAUCCAUCGAACGCACCAGAAGCAAACCCUAUUCAACCGAUUGGAGAUCCAUCGACCACACCAGUAGCCAAUCCUAAUCAAAGCAAUGGAGAUCCAUCGAACACAUCAGGACUUAACGAUAAUAAACCAAAUGGAGACCCCUGUACCAAACAAGUACCUUCCGAUAAUGAACUCAAUGGAGACUCAUCUACCAUAUUAGAUCCUAAGGAUAACCAACCUUAUAGUAACCCAUCAACGGCACCGGGAGCCAACCCUAAUCAACCCAAUGGAAAUCCAACAGUUACUCAAGAUCCUAAUAUUCCAUCGCCUGUACCGAACGUGCCUGCCAGUGUUCUUCCAGUAGACCCAAUUACAGCAGAUUCAUUGCCGUAUCCGACACCACAAGGUGGUGGAAAACCAAAGAUACCACAAUUAGGUGGCAGACGCAGCGUCGGUCACGACCUAGGAGCGACAUUCCGUCUUGGUUUGCACGUUGGCGUUGCUAAACGAAUUGGAGGCAAGGACUUGCCAAGCGUACGCAAACCUAUAAAACCCAAAUUAUCAUGUGAUUAG